AUGUGGAACGAUAGACGGCAGCGCUCAUUACCCCCGACUGGCUUACAUGACAAGGAGGCCGAGAAGGAUCCACCAUACAUCGAUGUCCUGAUUGCGGGAGGAAUGGGAGGCACGAUUGCCGACUUUUUGAUGCACAGUGUGGAUACGGUCAAGACGCGGUUACAGGGGCAACCUUCCGCCAACCCGCCAAAGUACCACAACAUGUUCCACGCCUACGGCACCAUCCUGCGUGAGGAGGGUGUCACCAGAGGACUUUACAGUGGAGUCGCCCCAGCCAUGACUGGUUCCUUGCCAGGAACUACUCUGUACUUUGGGACAUAUGAAUAUACCAAGCGCACAUUGACCUCUGCAGGAGUACCCGACACCUUGGCUCAUUUGGCAGGAGGAUCUUUGGGAGACUUUGUGGCAUCGUUCAUCUAUGUGCCCUCAGAGGUUCUCAAGACUAGGAUGCAGCUUCAAGGACGAUACAACAACCCUUCAUUCAUCAGUGGAUACAACUACAAGAACACAUGGCACGCACUUCAGAUGAUUGUCAAGUACGACGGAAUCGGUGCCCUCUAUCAGGGCUACAGAGCCACCCUUCUCCGUGAUGUCCCCUUUUCUGCCCUCCAGUUUGCUUUCUACGAAAAGUUCAAGCUGGCGGCAAAGAAGUGGGAGGCCCGGCCGGAUGGACAAAUGUCGCUGCCGGUUGAGACGGCGUGUGGUGCUGUUGCAGGAGGAUUGGCUGGGUUCUUGACGACGCCUUUAGAUGUCAUGAAAACGCUUCUCCAAACCCAAGUCAAAAAGCCAUCCGGCGCAAUAUCAACGGGAUCGUCGACGACGACGACGACACAAAAGUACUAUGUCGGGAUCUGGGAUGGCCUGAAAUGGAACUUGAAGCAUCAUGGCGUGGUAUCGGGAUUGUUCAGAGGAGUUGGUCCCAGAGUGUUCUGGACAUCGUUGCAGAGUGCGCUCAUGUUUGUAAUGUACGAGCAGGCCCUUCAUCUCCAGGAGAAUCUGCGUCAUUUUGGACAGUGGCCAUAUAGCUCUGGGUCAUACGGAUCCGGCUGA